AUGAAGCUUGUCUCCGUUUUGACGCUGCUUUGCGGCAGUACCGCAUUGGCCUCGGGAUUAGCUUUGACUCCUAGAGCACCUAAAUGUCCACAGAAGGAUGGCGAAAAAGAUGAUCAAGUCAUCGCACAUUACAAGACGACGGGUCAAUGUUUUAGCUAUAUCGGCGCUGGAAACCGUGACAAGAGCUUGGCGCCCUGCUCUGGUCCCGAUGGCUAUUGCCAGAAGGUGAAGAAGUCAACAACUGGAGUAGAAGGGUGCAAGCUUUUCAUCCCCACAGGCGUCACGAUCGACCCAAGCCUUUAUUUCAAGGAUGAGGACUGUAAUCAAUGGUAUCCGGGAGAGUGCAUGUGCGAAUGCGAGUUAUGCGAGGACAUUGCCAAAAUAGUUAUUGAGGGUCUUGCACAGCUAGACAACAUAAUUUGCGCCGUCAUGCUCUCCUCCUUCAAAGCAAUUAUAGAUGUUGGUCUGCUGUUUGUCCCGGGAGGACAAGCGACUUCGGCCGUCAAAGCUGCAGUGCAAGGCGCCAAGUCCUUCUAUGAGAACGGAGAAGAGGCUUCAUCAUUCUUUGGUAACUGGAUUGGCCCGGCAUGCGGAGUUCCAGACUUCGACUUUGACAUCACUCAGGUCUUUGGGGCUCUAGUCGGUGCUCCUGAUUCCAUGUCGCGUGGAAAGCCUGUUGGUUGCAAGAAGAAGUCCGGAUGCCGCAACCUUGACCCAGUACCUGAUCCGACAAAGGUGCCGGACAAGCCCACGGUUAAGCCUACCGACAAGCCCACGGAUAAGCCCACCGACAAGCCCACGACGACCAAGGCGCCUCAGACUACAACAAGCAGCACAACUUCCUCGUCGACCUCAUCUAGUACCACCGGUGCUGCAUGUGCCUACUGUGGCGAGUUCAAUAAGAAGGCAGCUCGCGAUGACAAAUAUCAAGUCAUGUACGCCCGGGCGGGUCAACCCAACAACGAUCCAGUCUGCGUCAAGCCCCCCGCAGAAGACGUUCCCAGCAAGAGAAGUCUCUCUGAUGUCACUGGCGAACAACUAUUCUCGCGAUCAUUACUCCUGCACGAACGUGCCCUCACCGAGAAGAACUCCAAGGUCGAUACCACAUUGGGCAAAGCGAACCAAUACAAGUGGACUUGUUCUGUUGGCAAAUACGCACCAAGCAGCGACGCGGCAAAAAUCGCAGAUAUCACCAAGUACUGGACGUUUAAAGAUCCUCAAAACACCAAAAAGUGUAGUGUGGAGGUAGAAAAAGUAUCGACAGGGACAUCCACGGACUUCGAGACCGACCACGUUUUCGAAGCUCAAACCUUGGCGAACUUCAUAAAGUGGCUGGCUGAUGAGGAUCCCGGUAAGAUUGGGACGACAUACGACAAGCCGAAAGCUCUCUGGGUCGAGGAAACGCUCUUGGGAGAUGGGAAGACGCCAUUCAAAAUUGUCAGCCCCGGCAAAACGAACCCUGGUGAACUCUUCACGCCGUCUACUGGUGAGAUACCGGUCGUCCUGAUGGCUUACGGCUUUGGAAGAUCCGACGGGGUCAAGAGUGUGUCGGGAAGCCAAGAUGUAGAGCGAAUACCGGCGGACCGAGGCAACAAGAACCUUGUUUUGCUACAUGGAAACAUCAACGGGCCAAAGGGGAUAUAUUUCAAGAAGAACAAGCCCGAUAUUGCCUGGAAAACUCACACAACUCAACUGAAGAGCCGCCUUGAAGUGCGGAGGGGUGUGGGGCCUUUCCAGUACCUAGGAGCCGCCGACGGUACUACAGAUACCAUGUGGAAGAAAUGGGCACGCGUAUCCAACUGGAUAGAUCUGACAUGCCACGAAUUCGACAAGCAAUACAAAUGGGGUUCGAGGACCGACGAGCCCAAGAACUCGGCAGGGACGGCCUCGCUCCGAUCAUUGUGGGCAUUCUUUAUCGACAAGGAGCUCGGCGAGAUCGAGGACAAGGCCGCGACCUGGGCCACCGACGCCAAAGUGAACUUUGACAAGAAGUGGGACCUGAAAACCCUGACUAAGGACGAGAAGGACUGGAGAGACGACGCGUUCGGCACCACCGGCUUCGCCACUCCGGCCAAGAUGAAGUUCCCUCGGCCAGCCGGUCUCCCUGCCGGUGCAUCGGCUUAUGGUGCCUAUGGUUGGAAUGACGUGACCUUUGAUGCUAGCAACCAAAACCCGAACAUCGGCACCCCUACCAAGAUUACUUAG